GAGAGAGAGAGUGUGGAGAAGAAAAAAACCUGUCAGGAUGUAACUGUUUAUCAGAUCAGUAGAGAAAGUAAAAAAAAAGAAAUCAGUCAGUGACAUUUUUGUAGUGGAGUGGAGUAAAAAUGCGAAUUAACGUGGUCUUGGAUAGUCCGGAAGGGAUGUACUUUGCCGGUGAUAAAAUCACGGGAGAAGUGACUGUUGACAUUGAUCGUCCGGAAACGCUCAAGAAGAUCACAGCAACUCUUCGUGGUGUGGCUAAAAUUGCUUUUAGGGAGGGUGGAGCAAUGCCUUUUCUAGCAUCCAGUAAUCUCUACCAUGAUCAGCAGACAGUUAUUUCACGAGAAAUGAUUGUCUUUGCAAAUCCAAAUAUUUGUCCAAUGAUGGAAAAGGGCACCUACUCCUACAGCUUCAAUUUUUUACUCCCCAAUUCCAUGGUGACAUCUUUCAAUUCAUCCCAUGGCUAUGUCAUCUACAAUCUGGACAUUGCAGUGAAGAAGAAAUUCUUCACGGAACGAAUCCGAAAAGAACUGAAAAUUUAUGAAUUCAAUGAAGAUACACCACAACUCUCCUAUCGUCCAUUGUGCUUUGAAAAAAUUCUUCUGCCAAGGGUUUCAUGCUUCUUUCCGGUCUUCUUCAGUCGGAAAGAUGCUCGAGCUCGCUGUCAUAUCUACAUCCCGAGGAUUUCUUUUUACUGUGGAGAAACCAUUCAAGUUAAUGUACUGUUGAUGGACUACCAAGUGGCCAAUCAAGGAAAAUCCACAGUUAUCACUUCUGAACUCCUGCAGGAAUUCAUUUUCCAGGGUGGUCUCUACAAUCAGAGGAUUAUUGAGCCUCGGCGUGUGAUUGUCUCGCACAAAUCCCGUGGAGUCAGUGCUAAUCAUCAUCUGGAAGUGCCCGUUUGUCCCAGAACCGGAGGUCUCUAUCGUCGAGCUCGUGUUAUGUACUAUCUGCGAGUGAAUGUGAAGAUGUUCUGUCGCCGAUACGACUUGCUGAUACCAGUGACCAUUACUGGACCCCUCAAUGAUAUGUCACGCAAGUGGAAGUCUCAAUUUACUCAUUCCUCUGUGUCCUCGGACACAGAUGGAUCAGGCACUGAGAAUAUGCUGAGGGAUCAGCAGCGUUGGGCUGAUAAUCUACUGAGUUUGCUAACCACCAGAGAUGAAUUCUCAACGUCCCUGGAGGCUCUCGAUAUCCCGGAUACGGUGCCCGAGGAGGAAUGCGAUGAAGUGGCCAUGAUGGUGGAAAUUGAAAGUACACCGGAUAUCUUUGCCACUGCCCUGGGAUUUAGUACUCACCGUGCCAGUUUGGAGGAGCCCUAGGAUGCAAAGGAUGCCGACUAUUUCCAAGAACUUCGACAUUUCACUUAAUAUUUUGCUGGAAAAUACCAGGGCUGUGCCUUUAACUGUUGAGAGGUAUUACUACACUGAUUUUUCUUUGACUCUUUUGGAAUUUUUAUCACAUUUUUUGGAGAUUAGGUUCAGGGUAUUAUCGAUAAGUGAUUUUUGCAGAGCAUAUUUCGUAAUGUUUUACAUUGAUUUUAAAUAAGGUUACACAGAGUGAAAAAAUGCAAUUAUUCCAUCGUUAUUUCGUAGAAAGAUUAAUAAAAUGUAUCAAUGUUUUAGAUAAA